UGUUUUACCCGGACGUCUGUUCAGGCCGUACCCGUCACGCCAGUGUUUGUCAUGCUCCCGGUGGAUCCCGGUGUGUUCAUUGGAACGGCGGCCGACCUUAAGGACAUUCCGGGGUUGGCAGAAGCCGGCAUCACUCACAUCGUUUCUGUGGACUCCGUGGACCCGGCGCCUCUCCUGCCCGUGGACUCUCGCUAUCGCAAGAAAUGGAUUAACAUCCUGGAUGAGGUGACGUCGGACCUCUUGAGCCACCUGGAUGAUUGCUGCCUCUUCAUCCAGGAGGCAGUUGACGGAGGCGGGGCGGCACUCGUCCACUGUCAGGCUGGCCGGAGUCGCAGCGCCACCGUUGUGACCGCUUACCUCAUGAGGAGACACAAAUUGGGCUUUGCUGAGGCUUAUCACAAACUGAAGAGUGUCAAGCGGGAUGUGCAGGUCAACAGCGGUUUCGAGGAGCAGUUGUGUCUGUACGAGGCCUUGCGUUGUCAAGUGGACACCAGCGAUCCACUGUACAAACAAUACAGAUUGACAAAGAUUACCGAGAAAUACCCUGAGUUGCAGCUGGUUCCAAGGGAAGUGUUUGCAGCUGACCCCGCUCAAUCCAACUCAUCUGAGGCCUCCUAUCGUUGCAGGAAGUGCCGACGAACUCUGUUCCGCAGCUCCAGUCUCCUCAGUCACCCAGUGGGAGAAGGAGCGUCAGCAUUCAGCCAUAAAAAGUCCUCCAACCUGACUGAAGGAGUCCAGUGUACAUCCUAUUUCAUUGAACCAGUGCAGUGGAUGGAACAAGCGUUACUUGGCGUGAUGGAUGGACAGCUGCUGUGUCCCAAAUGCCGAUCCAAGCUGGGCUCGUUCAGCUGGUGCGGAGAUCAAUGCUCAUGCGGCCGCUGGAUCACGCCUUCUUUUCAGCUGCACCGAAAUCGAGUGGACGAGAUCCGGCUCAUGAACUUACACCGAUGACUUGCGUCACUCCUCGCAGUUGGAAAUGCAUGACACGUCGUCUCAUCUGCACAUCACUUUAAAUAAAGAAGAGAAUGGUCAAAAAGA